AUGGACAAGCCAGCGCAGUCGGUUCCGAUCCGGGGCCAUGCGAGGAACAAGUCGUCGACCGUGGCCACGAGGCCCCGGUCGUCGACCAAAGGUCCACUGGACAUGGAAGACAAGAACGUGCCGGUGUCUGUGGCCACGCAGCAGCCAGAGAGAGCGGCUGCUGCUGCAUCGUCGCCCGCAUCGAUGUCGAUGUUGUCGCCUUCAAACCGGCGCCAAAGCCGGUCGCCGGCCCUGUCGCCGGGACUGCGGUCACCGCUGCCACACUUGCCGGCCACCCGGUCGGCGAUGGGUGGGGCCACGACGGCCGAGGCGCCGCGGCCCAAAGACUUUUCCUUUUUGCUGAAGCCGGCCAUCUACCACCCGCUCUCGAUGGCGAGCCUGCCGCCGCCGUUUCGCAGCUCACCGCAGCAGCCAGCACCAGACACGCCGCUGGCCGAUCUGCUGACGGCCGGCCAGUUCCGGGCUGCCGCCAUCGUGGCCGCACAGCAGCUGACGGGCUUGGGAGGCGGCUCCGAAGACGAGAAGGAACGGGCGAUCGACCCGACCGACCACGGCCGCAUCUUUGGGCUGCUGUACACCCGCCUGGCCUGUCUCGUGCUGAUCGACGCCAUGCCGCUGGCCGCCCAGGAGGGUCGGGCUCUCGAGGACCUCAACAGCAGCUUCUACUACGACGCGGCCACGGGUGAGCACCUGGUCCCGUGGGAGCUGCGCGUGCUCAACGUCCGGCUGCAGGCGCUCGGUUUUGGCGAUCCGCGCCGCGCCAUCAUGAGCUACUACGACCUCGCCCGCGAGUCUCGUCGCCGUGCCGCUGCCGCGCUCGCCCGCCACGAUCACUCGGCCAGCGAGCUGUGGAAGGGCCGGCUGGCCGAGCUCGGGCUCAAGGUCGCCGGCGCCCUCAUCGAGAUGGACGACAUGGCCGGCGCCGCGGCUCACCUGACCAGCAUGGCCGGUGGAGGUGGUCGUGAUGGGCCUGAGACGGGCAUCGGUCGUGACGAUGAGACCGAGGCUGGCUUGAUCACCACCCGCGGCCGCCAUCCUGUCCCGAAUCGCCGUCUCGAGGCCGCUCGUGCCCUCCUAUGGCUGCACAUCGGCGACGUCGAGGCUGCCCGCGCAGAGAUGCAUCGUGUCGCCUCUGUCGCCGCUGCUGAUCCGUCUGCCGACGACAAUGACCUCGGCCCUCGCAUCGUCUCGGCCCUCUGCGAUAUGGCCGAUGAUGACUACGCUUCGGCUCUGGUCACGUGGCGCGAUCUGCACCGAGACGCGCCCGCGGACGAGAUGAUCGGCGUCAACCUGGCCGUCUGUCUGCUCUACGUCGGCCAAAUGCAAGAGGGACGGGCCGUCCUCGAGAGCCUCGUCGAUGCCGGCUACUCGUCCCACACGCUGCUCUUCAACCUCUCCACCAUGUACGAGCUCUGCAGCGACCGGUCCAAGAGCUUGAAGCAGCAGCUGGCCCAGCGCAUGGCCGACAGGACCCCGUCCACCGACGGCUGGGAACGGGUCAAUGCUGAUUUCAAGCUGUGA